AUGCGAACGCAUCCCACGUUUUACGUUGGUCGGCUUAAGCCGUACCAUCAGUACGCUGCUUCUUCCGAUGAAGAACGCCCUUGCGCUCAAGCACCUCGCAGAGAGCCUUGUGCUCCCGAUGGUGGACAUCGACAAUGGUCUGAAGAGCAGUUAUCUAAUCCCGAGACCGAUCAACAAUCCCACGAGCUACCCUUAGCUCGUCACGAAGAGAUGUCAGAGAUCUCUCGUUCUCAAGCUGAGCAAAGGCAAACUCAGCUCGAUGCUUCGAGACAGUGUCCGCCAUUUGGAGACGCCUGUCCCGCUCAUGUUCGAGAUCGUUGCGUAACCCUUGCGUUACGCGAUCAAAGAAGCUCUCGGGAACACACGGAUCCCCAUGAUCGUGUGGAGAGCGUCUUUCCUCCUCCUCCACCUCCAUUAGAGGACUCUCGCGGUGGCCAGCGCUAUCUAGUUGAGCAGCCGUUGAACCACCGCGACGUGAACGGACGUCGGACGAGUUACCUCGUCCGGUGGCGCGGUUAUCCCCCGUCCUGGGAUUCUUGGGAGCCCCGCUCCCAACUAAUGAUUGACGUACUGGGUCUGGUUGAGCAGUACGACGCGGCACAUCCUGUGCCGCAGAAGGUCCGCCGGAGAAAGUCUUCCCGGCACGGUCUUAAAGUGAUUUCAGGUUGUCAAUCCCUUCGUACAUCUCAUUAG